AUGUCUGAUGUCGAUGUGCAGGAAACAACAGCAACUGUCCUGACUGCAGCACUCGUUUCGAAGAAACCUGAAUCACCGUCUCCUGGCUCUUCUGAUAUUGGUUCCUCUGGGCAAGGAAGUUCUUCAGGUACGAUUGUUCCGUCACUUUCGAUGGAUAGGCGUAUCCAGUCUUCAGAGGUUGGAACACUUGUGGCUGCUUCUGAGGAAACGAUAAACAAUUUGGAUGACAAGACAUCUUCAAAAUCACUUAAUGUUCAGAAGUCGCAGACUGUUGGGGACGAGCGUUCCACAUGUCCCACUGAAGAAGACAUGAAAUUACCCCGUUCUUCGAUAACCAACUCAGACAGUACCAUAGCUGACCAUACAUCUUCUGGUGCUGAAGAUGGUCUUCUUACCCCAGAAAAGAUUAUGGUAAUCAUACAGGUGCUCCCAGAGGAGGCUCGGAAUUAA